CGAGUGAUGCCACUGCACCAACCGCAUCUCGCCACCGCGAAAACACGCCGAGCAUAAAGCGCUUCUUCUGCGAGGAGUGAGAAACACAUUCGCCUGGAGACAUCCACUGCCCAUGAAGAUGUCUAACGCUGACAUGGUCUUGAACUCCACCGAUCGGAUAGUGAAAUCCGUUCCCUUCCCCCUGAGUCAUCGCCUCACCAUGAAGGAGGUGUUUGACUGUGAGGGGAAACCAAGGGUGGAUCUACUGAAAGCCCACCUCACUAAAGAGGGCCGAGUGGAGGAGACCGUGGCCCUCCGAAUCGUAAACGAAGGGGCCUCUAUCUUACGCCAGGAGAAGACCAUGCUGGACAUAGAGGCACCUGUCACAGUGUGCGGUGACAUCCAUGGGCAGUUCUUUGACCUGAUGAAACUGUUUGAGGUGGGAGGCUCUCCAGCCACGACACGAUACCUCUUCCUGGGUGACUAUGUGGACCGGGGUUACUUCAGUAUCGAGGUGAGAAAAGUUUCACUGGGAUACCUUAUCAGUGGUGCACUAACAUUCGACGACGAUAUAAAUCAUGAAUGUAGACAUUUGACAGAAUAUUUCACCUUCAAACAAGAAUGUAAAAUCAAGUAUUCAGAGCAGGUUUACGAUGCCUGUAUGGCCGCAUUUGACUGUCUGCCCUUGGCAGCUCUCAUGAACCAGCAGUUCCUGUGUGUCCACGGUGGCCUGUCCCCAGAAAUACAGACCUUAGACGACAUAAAGAAGUUGGACCGGUUUAAGGAGCCCCCAGCAUUCGGGCCUAUGUGUGAUUUGCUUUGGUCCGAUCCGUUGGAGGACUUCGGCAAUGAAAAGAGCCAAGAGUACUUUAGCCACAACACAGUCAGAGGAUGCUCAUAUUUCUACAGUUAUCCGGCUGUCUGUGACUUCCUACAGAAUAAUAACUUGUUAUCAAUCAUUCGAGCACACGAAGCACAAGAUGCAGGGUAUCGGAUGUACAGGAAGAGUCAGACUACUGGCUUCCCUUCCCUAAUUACCAUCUUCUCUGCACCAAACUACCUUGAUGUUUACAACAAUAAAGCUGCCGUCCUGAAGUAUGAGAACAAUGUAAUGAACAUCCGGCAGUUUAACUGCUCCCCUCAUCCUUACUGGCUGCCAAAUUUCAUGGAUGUCUUUACCUGGUCACUUCCAUUUGUGGGGGAGAAAGUCACGGAGAUGCUGGUUAAUGUGUUGAGCAUCUGUUCUGACGAUGAGCUGAUGAAUGACGGAGACGAGAUCUUUGACGCCAAUGCAGCAGCUGCUCGGAAAGAGGUGAUUAGGAACAAGAUCCGUGCCAUUGGGAAGAUGGCCAAGAUGUUCUCCGUGCUCAGAGAGGAGAGUGAGAAUGUGUUGACCCUGAAGGGCCUGACCCCUACCGGCAUGCUCCCCAGCGGGGUGCUUUCUGGAGGCAAGCAGACUCUACAGAGUGCAACCAUCGAAGCCAUUGAAGCCAUCGAGACGGACGAAGACGGAGAAGCCAUCCGCGGCUUCUCUCCACAGCACAAGAUCAACAGCUUCGAAGAGGCUAAAGGUCUGGACCGCAUCAACGAGCGCAUGCCACCCCGCAAGGAUGUUGUCAACCAUGUGGGCCACUCCAUGGGCAAGAUGAACAUGUCCGAGACCAAUGGCACGGAUGACAACAGUAACAUCCAGUGAUGAAACGGCUGCCCACUCACCUGCACCCAAGUCCAUGCCUCCGCCACGACACAUGGCAUGACAACGCCAAACCCGUGAUUUAAGACCUCCUGCUUCCAAAACCACCCAAUGACAUCACCAUAUAUCUUAAAUGUUUCACUGAAAAGAGGCAGACUGUUUUCUUGCUGUCAGUUUGCCGCUUGCAAUUUUUAAAAGCGGAUACCUUGCCGACGGCAAGUUUCUGCCUUUUUUUGGGAGUGUCGAAUGGGAAGGAGGGGUGGGGGGUGAUUUGCCUGUGAAAGGCUGAAAGUGUCUUUAUCAGAGAGAGGGCGGUCUCAGUUCCUUUCCGACUCCACCCACAUGUCAAGUGGGCGGUGUUUAGGAAGUCUCUCUUAAGCCUGAUCCAUCCAGUUCAUCGGUGCGGGUGAUGAAUCCAUACCGGAUCCAUGCACACUUUUUUCCUCUUUUGAUUGCGAGUUUUUCUUCAUGAUCCCAUCUUAUAAUGAAAUGAUCUCACUGUUGACGAUGUUUUGCUACUAGUAUUAAUAAAUAUACAAAUUUGAAAUGACAAAAAAUGAAAAAUGUUUGUAAGAAAGGACAUUUAACGACGAAUCCUGUACAUUUUAUUACUUGCGAUGCAGUCUUACCCGGGGGGGUUUAUUUCUUGAUUUGGUUUUUGGUAAGAUGCCAUGAAGCAGUAGAGGAGAAGAGCAGUGCUGCUUGUCCGCCGUAGACUCUCGAUCAAAGCAACCGUUCGGAUGGAGCUCAAGCUCAACCUUUGGCACCACCUUCCUGAUUGUUUCUCACUUGCCUGUAUCUAAAGAGAGAGAAUGCACAUAGUACAUUUCGCAAGUCAAAUAAAUAUAUAUAAAUAUAUUUAAAUAUAUGAUUAUUAACAAAGGUCGAGGACAAUGAUUUGUAACAGCAUCUAUGGUACUGAACGCAUCAGUGCAUGCAAUUAAGUUCCUUAUUGAUAUGUGAAAUUAUAAUUGUGAUGUGUUUCAAUAUAGUAGACUUGAAUUAUUUCCCUUCGAAUUAUAUUUGUAAAGGUCUAGUUUGUUUUUAUAUCUCUAUAAAUAGAUAUGAUUUUGUAAUCUUUUAUUUAAUUUCUUCUUUUUUUCAUCAAUAUCAUUUUAUUAUCGUUGAUUUUAUUUUUGUAGUUUCGCUGUACAGGCACUGACGCUCUUUCCGAAGUGUUUUUCAUCAUCUUUUUUUUAGUUCUUUAUUUUGGUUUGGUUCUCUCUGUUCAGUUGGUGUACAGAAGUUGUUCAGUAGUGUGAAUGAACAUAUUACUCAGUGAAAAGCAACAUUCAGGCUGCCAAAGCAUGAUCGCAUGGUUUAUUCAAAUUGUAAACUAAUUGGACAUGAGGAAAAUUCAGUGUCUCACUUUGAAGAGGAAAACUAUAUUAUCAUUAUGAAUCUUGAUGAUCUUCUUAUUAUUCUUACAAUUAAGCUUACGUUCUUUCAUUUCCACUGUUUUCUGAUCCUUGUUUGGUCCAGACGUGGUUUAUUUCAAAGAAGGAAUUUUAUGGAUUUGUGACUAUUUUUCUUGUAAUUUUCUCUGGAACUAAGUUUUCGCAUUUGACUUCCUAAAUGAAAACACAUAUUGUAAGCAUGCCCUAUGGGACAAAUCACUUUUUUUACUCUUGAAUAAAAUAUGCAUGAACUAA